AGGUAUGAAAUUCAGGAAGGCCUGGAGAGACUGAGAGAGAGUGAAGCCUGCAGGGGAGACCUACAUGCACGAAGGGAUUAAAGAGGCAAACCUUCAAAUCAAAGCCCAAGUUACCAAGUCCUCCAGCAUCAUCGUGGCUUUGACAGACGGAAAGCUGGAGGUCUAUGUACAUGAACUAACAGUUGAAAUGGCCAACGAUGCAAGGUACUACGGUGCUCGGGUGUACUGUGUUGGGAUCAAGGACUUUGACGAGCAACAGCUAGCCGAGGUGGCUGACACCAAAGAUCAAGUGUUUCCUGUUAAAGAUGGCUUCCAUGCACUCAAAGGCAUUGUCAAUUCAAUAUUAAAGCAGUCCUGUACAGAGAUCCUGACAGUGGAGCCUUCCAGUGUCUGUGUGAACCAGUCGUUUGACAUCGUGCUUCGAGGGAACGGCUUCUCUGUGGGACGAGGCAACGGCGAGAUCGUCUGUAGCUUCAUGGUGGGCCAGCAGAUCUACAACAGGAAGCCAAGCGUUGUGCAGAACGAUUAUCUCCUGUGUCCUGCCCCGGUGCUGUAUGAGGUCGGACAGUAAGUAGCCAAUGGGAAGCUGGUUCUAUAAAGUGUGUGU